CUUUUCCCAUCGACAACCGGUGCUUUCGAUAAUACCUUCCGUUACACAUCUACUUUUUAAAUACUCAAUAAUGCUUGCUUAAACAUAUUAUAUUAAACUCUUCCCCGUCUCAUUCGCUCCCCCCUUCCCCAACGAUCCUCACACUACAAUUCGCACUCAUGGCGACUAAGACCUUGGAAGCUCGUUUCGAGCACCUCUCUGUUAAGGAUGAUGCCGGAACAGGAAACAAAUCAGCUGGCUAUCCUAAGCACAAGAGUUCGCUAUCAACUGCUGUAUCCCUUUCCGGACUUGGAGUCACAGGACAGCUUACAAGCGGUGCGAACCGGUCGAAUUUGCUCAAGCUAGCCUUGCAGAACACCAAUGACAAUAAGGUCAACUCCAUGAACGUGCCUCAAUCUCCCGGGAAAGUCACUCAAAACCCCUCAUCGCUACGCAGCCUGGACGAAAACGGAGAUUAUGAUCAGCCAGCACCCAGAAAGCUACAUCUUGGAAUGUUCGAGAUCGGGAAGCCUUUGGGAAAGGGAAAGUUUGGCCGAGUAUACCUCGCCAAAGAACGCUCAUCCGGUUUUGUAUGCGCACUGAAGGUUUUGCAUAAGUCUGAACUGCAACAGGGCGGAGUCCAGAAGCAGGUCAGGCGGGAAAUUGAAAUUCAGAGCAACCUACGCCAUCCGAAUGUUCUUCGGCUUUAUGGUCAUUUUCAGGACAGCAAACGAAUCUUUCUUAUUCUGGAGUUCGCGGGCCGAGGGGAGCUGUAUAAGCACCUGCGGAAGGAGCACCGGUUCCCCGAGUGGAAAGCUGCUCAUUAUAUUGCGCAGAUGGCCUCUGCAUUGAAGUAUCUGCACAAAAAGCACGUUAUGCAUCGGGAUAUCAAGCCAGAGAAUAUUCUGGUGGGUAUACACGGCGAGAUCAAAAUCAGUGAUUUUGGCUGGAGUGUUCAUGCGCCGAACAAUCGUCGGCAAACAAUGUGUGGGACGCUAGAUUAUCUGCCUCCCGAGAUGCUCAACUCUAACCCGCAGGGCAACUUUUACAAUGAGAAGGUCGACUUGUGGAGUUUGGGUGUUCUAACCUACGAAUUUCUUGUUGGAGAAGCGCCUUUCGAAGACACCCCAGUUAUGACGCAAAGAAGGAUUCAACGAGGAGACAUGCAAGUUCCUUCGUUUGUGAGCCCCGAGGCUAGGGACUUGAUCAAAAGACUGCUCGUACUUGAUCCCGAAAAACGGAUUUCACUUGACGAGAUCCAGAAGCAUCCCUGGAUUCUCAAACAUUGCGCAAAAGACGACCGGGGCAUUAAACGGAGCUCAGGUUCGUCAAAGGACGGCAAAGCAUAAUGGUCAUACGCAUCGCAAGGGGUUUGGGUGUUUUGUCUUUGGUUUAGUUGUCGUCUGCUUUCAUGGAGUUUAGUAUAUGGUGCUAAAUGGUCUGCUUGGUUUUCAUUACAAUUAUUUUCAGAAUUAGCCACCGUGGACACAGAGUCUGUUUGUUCUCUUCCCAGCGUCCCAAAUAUGAUACAAUAUGGUACAUUUAAAAAGCCCCUGAUGCCACAAUUAAGAACCCGAUCAGUAUACGCCUAUUACAACAAAGGAAGCAUUAUUAUCGAUAGAUUUCGUCGAACGGCCGCGUGUCUCUAAAGCAACUGUCCCAAACCUCAUUAACUACUUUCUCAGCGUGGGCUUUAUCUUGACAUCCUGGUCGUGCCUGUACUGAUAAAAUAGCCCUUCGCCGAACACACUCUUGGUGUUGUUGUGUAAGUUUCCACUGGCCACGUCGGAAGAACUCUCGGGCCCAUCGACAUUCUCCGCUCAAUGAGCUG